AUGGAAGGUUGUGCUUCCCGGGACUACAGUGGUUUAGGUUUUGGAGCAACACAAUACCUUUGGAAACCAGAAUUUAUACAAACUCGAAAUCAAAUUUUAUCUCGCCUUGCUUCUUUAGAAAAAAAGACAAUUAAAGAAGAAUUCAGGAAAGAAUGCUUAGAACUGACUAAUUUUUUAAUUGAGAAAAAGGAUAAACCUACACGAUUUACUAAUCCUAAGAGUUGGGUACCAGUACUUAGGAAUUAUUUUAAACAUAAAUUUGACAAGAUUACUCAACAUGGAGGUUGUCCUAUGAUUUUCGAUCCGAAAGAAAAAAAUAUUUUAGAAUUAAAAUAUGAUGCACAAGAUUUCUGUGAAACAAAUAAUGUAUAUGAAACAAAACUAAGGGCCUUCAAGAAAGGAGGUAGCAAAACAUAUAACUGUAAUAGUGAUUCUAAUUGUAUAAAACAUUGUACGGAAUAUAAGGAUUGGUUUACAAGUAAUAAGCAACAUUUCGAGGAAAAGAGACAUCUCAUUAGUGAAAGUUGCACAUUUAAAAGCUCAUCAUCAGAAUUUCCGACAAAACAAUGCAAUAUAAUGAAUCCUAGAAUGUUAAAUAAUAUUCCUAAAUGCCUAUAUACAAAACCACAGGAACAUACUGAACCUGCACCUAAAGAACAAAAAGAAAUAAGCAGAUCCAAAUUAGAUCAAGACAAUGCUAAAGUUUCGCCAGUAUCUCAAGAUCAAAGUCUAUCACAAAUGGAACGUCCACCUGAUGGCCAACAUAGUCCAUCUGAACAUCAACCAAGCAGUUUACCUGAAGGUCCACAUUCAGAUCAAUCUCAACUUCAAACAACAGCAGAAGACAGAAAUCGGGCAAGUUUAACUAAUUUAGACACAGAUACACAAGGUUCACUUAUUCUAGAACCAGAUGCUCUUGCACAUGCUGCAUAUCCAGAUGAAACAUUAAGCAGUUCUACAUUACAAACUGAAUUUAUUCAACAACCAGAAAGAGAUAGUAAUAUUGAAAUUACUCCUCGAGCUGCUGAAGUAUCAAUUCUCAAGACCUUUUCGGAUACUACUAUAGACCCUAAAAUUCAAGGUAACAUUAAUUCUACUUUAUUUUAUAUUUUUGUAAUAACUAAACAAAUUAAUAUAUAUAUAUAUAAUGUUAAUGCAGGUUCAGUAGCAAAUUCAUAUAACCCAUAUUACAUUCUAAUGGGAAAGUUUAGAAAAAAGAAAAAUAUAAGAAGACAAGUUAAAUUUCUCAGAAUACUACUUCCUUCACAUUCUGACAAAAGAAACAAGUUUUUAUCAGAUAAUCAUUUAGAUGAGCCAAUAUAUGAUGAUGAAGAAAUCAUAAAAAAAUUAAAAAUACAUGAGCAUAACACUAUAAAUAAUACAAAUAUGCUAAAGAGAAAUAAGGACAGAUCCAAAACUAUUAUAGAAGUACAUAUGGAAGUACUUGAGGAAUUAAGAAAUGAAGAAUGGGAAUUAAAAAAAGGUGAAUUUUUAGCAGUAUGUCUAGAAGUAUACAAAUAUGAAAAACAUAGAACCUAUCCUAAUUUAAUAAAUGGUGAUCAAAUGGAAAAUAUUAAAUGUAGCAAUGAUAUUGAAGAAAAAAAAAUUAUAUGGAAUAAAUGGAUAGAAAAGCACAGAAAUCUUUCUGAAAAAUUGAAAAAAGAAGAUUGGUUUAAUAAUUUGAAAAAUGAAUGGAAAAAAGAAGGUAAAAUUGUAGAACAUUAUUUGGAACAGGACUGGUUAAAGGGAUUAACAAAUGAAUUUGAUAAUAUAUUAGAUGAAUAUGAAAAUGAAGGAACUGAAAAUAGUGUAUCACUAAUAAAUAUAGAAGAAAUGGAACAUAACAAAAGUUGCGAAGAAUUAUAUAAGUAUAUUAAAAAAAAAUUAUUAUCAAAAUUGUGUGUGCUUGUAUUUAUGACAAUAUUAGAGGAGUGCAAAAAAGAGAAAAAUGUAGAAAAUAAGGAAUCAUAUUUAGACAGUUCAAUAAAUGAAUGUAAUUCAGAAAAAAAUUUAGAUAGGAAAUAUCACAUUAUAGAAAAUGUUGUUGAAAAUGGAAACAAUGUUUUGGAAAAUAGUGAAAAUACUGAAAUUUUUGAUUAUAAAGAAGAAAAUAAUUUUACAGAUGAAAUAAAGGAUUGGAUAGGAGAAGAUGAUAUACAUGUAAAUUCUAUAUAA